AUGGCGGCCCGCCUCAUGGUGCAGGCCGAGUCCGGCUGUGCCAACUUCGUGUCCGCAGCCCCGUGCCAGGCGGACUCCGGGCAGGCGGAGGAACAGUUCGGACGGCUCUGGAAGUUUCUCACUGAGUCAGACUUGCCGCCGCUGCCUCCGGGCUGUGACAUUAUGCCUCUCCUCUACCCGCUCUUUGUCUACCUCCACCUCAGCCUGGUGCAGAGCAGCCCUAAAAGCGUGGUGGAGAGUUUCUAUGGUCGCUUCCAUGGCCUCUUCCAGGGCGAUGCAAGCCAGAGAGAGGUCAUAGAGCAGCUGCGGGCAACCCAAACCAUGCAGGAUGUCCAGGUCAACCCCAAGCUCCGCGCCUUUCUAGACAGCAAGUACAUGGUGCGUCUCCAGGAAGACGGCUACUACUUCCUGAUGCGCUAUCUGAAGAGUGAAGACAGUGCUGCCCUAUGCCAGGUCCUCACUGUGCACAUCCAGCUGGACGUGCACCCUGCCGGGGAAGCAGCCACCCAUCGCAAGAGUGGAGUGGAGACCCCGCAGGAGCUCAGCCCUGCCCCCGUCACCUUUCUGCAGGAUGAGGGCGCCCUGGAGGCCCUGCAGGAGAGUAUCAGGCGUGUCCGAGCCGGGCCUCCCUCCCUCACCACGCUUUACUUGUAUACCUUUUGCGACACACAGCAGCUGCUGAACACCGCCGAGGUUGCCCCUGACAGCAAGCUGCUUGCUGCUGGCUUUGACAGCUCCUGCAUAAGAAUCUGGAAACUGUGCUCUCAGAAGUUGAAGUCACAGUCCCACUGCACGGACAUCUCACGCAUCCGCUUGGCUUGUGACAUUCUGGAGCAAGAGGAGGGUGAGGAGGACUGCGCAGGCACGGAGAUGAAGCUCCUGCGUGGGCACUGUGGGCCGGUGUAUGGUGUACGCUUCCUCACUGACAGCUCUGGGCUGCUCUCUUGUUCUGAGGACACGUCCAUCCGCUACUGGGACCUGGGCACCUUCACCAACACUGUGCGGUACAAAGGACAUGCCUACCCUGUGUGGGAUCUGGACAUUAGCCCAUAUAGCCUGUACUUCGCCAGUGGGUCCCAUGACCGCACCGCCAGGCUGUGGUCCUUCGAUCGUACGUACCCACUGAGGAUUUAUGCGGGACACCUGGCCGAUGUGGACUGCGUCAAGUUCCACCCUAACUCUAACUACCUAGCCACCGGCUCAGCUGACUCCACUGUGAGGCUGUGGAGUGCCCAGCAGGGGACAACUGUGAGGCUCUUCACAGGCCACCUGGGCUCCGUGCUCGCUCUCGCCUUUUCCCCCAACGGGAAGUACUUAGCAUCCGCCGGAGAGGACCAGCGGUUGAAGCUGUGGGACUUGGCCUCAGGGACCCUUUUUAAAGACCUGAGAGGCCACGUGGACAACACCACCAGCCUCACCUUCAGCUCAGACAGUAGUCUGGUGGCCUCUGCCUCCAUGGACAACUCGGUUCGUGUCUGGGACAUCCGGAGCACACACUAUAGAGCACCCGUCCCAGGCUCCUCCAGGGAGCUUGUGGGUGCCUACACUGGGCAGACGAGCAGAGUCCUGAGUGUGCAGUUCAUGGCCUCCAACCUGCUUCUGGUGACCGGAAUUGCACAGGAGGAUCAGGAACAAUAAUGCUUACCUUGGCUAGAGCGCACUGGGCCUUGGCAGGAGUUCUCUGGCUGCAGUGUGGACUAUCAAAGAGCCCUCCUUUUUCUACCGGUUCUCCCAGAUGCCCCAGUGUGGCAGAGCUUGGAUAGGGCUGGACUUACAUAUCAAACUGCCCUGAGAAUGAAGCAAGUUGUAAUGUGUGGGAAAA